AUGCCGGGUCACGUUGCACAAAUGCAAAAGCUCUUUCAAAGCGCAAAAGCUUCAUUCCGUCUUGACGUCCGGUUCGCUGCCUCUCCAGUAGGCUCCGUUGGUUCCAGAUUGCCUCCGAGUCCUGGAACUGAGCACGCCUGCGUUGCUGAUCCCGAUCUUUCCCAAGACCCUGAAAGUGAAGCUUCGCAAAAUGAAUGCAAGGAUUGGAGGUACUCCAGAGCUCCAAGGUCCAUUGCUGAAUUCGAUAUGGACGUAAGGGAACCUUUUCCUGAGGGAUCUCCGCAACUUCCAGACUUGCUCUCAGUUGAGAUGGACUGCAAGGUCUUGGCUGUUGAGCCGCCUAGCAGCGGAUUCACUUCGCCCGUUGAUGAAAAAGGCUUCGCGCCACAUCUGAAGGAUACGCCCAACCUGUCCUCAUCUCUGGCGAAAAGGGGGUCGAGAAGCUCAACCGAAAAACAUGACAACUCGUCUCCCCCAGGACAUCUUUCCACCACUGACUUGGAGCGACCAUUAACCGAGCUUCGUGUCAGUGCUGACUAUGACUUGGAUAUCGAUUCUGCAGAAGAGUCGCCCAUUAUCACUCACCUCCAACGGAAGUCGGCAGAAAUAGAAGGGCCGUACAGGGAUUCGUCAUCCAGUGCAGGGGAGGGAUUUGUCCUUUCUCCCACCGUGAAAGCUGCGGCUGACUCCGCGAAGCUGAAGCGUAGAAUGUUCAGCGACCUCUUCCCAAAACCUCCGACCCACAACGGCAGUGGUCGCUGUGCAUCUUCUUCCGGGGAAUCACAGCAUGCCGAUAUCAAACCAUGUCCGGAUCCUCUUUUGCAUGCACGCGGACCGACCGUGCUAUGCCCUGAUCCCACCGCUCAUUUCAGAUCGCUGACACCCAAUGUACCAGGACAUCAAGGUGUCCCUUCAGCUUCAAAUGCCCAAGGAAGCCAAGGACGACAAUAUGGGCUUCGUCAAGGCUUUGCUUGCCCGCCUGUCCCUUUCAGUCGCGCCAGCGCGACAGGCAGUCCAAUGCCUUUACUGAGAGCCAGAUCGCCUGCAAAGUCCCCUGGAGGAAUAGGUCACAAUGCAUGGAAUCCUCCCGCAGAAUCCUCCCAGUCUCGAUCUCAUCAUGAGCACAUUAACCGGACAUAUCUUACCACGGCCUCGGAGCAUUUCCAACCUGGUUGGUAUUAUGCCAAGGAGAGCCCUCACCCAUCACCAAGGCCCGGUCCAGCAAUGUACUCUUUCUCAACAGCAGCCGCAAAAGUCGUUGGACAAGAUCCUGCUCCUGAUUCUAGAAUUCGAGACUCGUAUAGAACAGACACUCUCACACCGCUGGCAAAGCCACCCAGCAGAUUCAGAAAGAAUGGCAUCAUUGCUCUUGCCAGAGCUCGUGGAGUCGCUAAGCACUAUGGUGAUCCUCCAUAUUCGUCGAGGCCUCCUCAGCGUCGCAUGCAGCGUGGAUGGUCACAUUUGCCGGACAAUAUGCAGUUCAGGAGUAGCCCACCAAGAUCCUCGGUGGAGUCUGCACUACGUUCACAACCGAAGAAGAGGUCGAGAGAGACAGAGACACCCAGGAGGGAGAUUCUCGAACCUGAAGAAGCAGCAACGGAAUCAAUUGACCCAAAGUUGAAACUGGAAGAAGGAGAAGAGGUCAUUGAAGUUGACGAAGAGACCCGGGCAGCAGUCCGCAUGAGCCUGUUCGGUACUCCGGCCCCAAGCGCCAGCUCUGACACCGGAAGGGGCAUGAAGGAGCUGAGCCCUAAUGUCAUGAUCUGGCGAAAAGGGGCGGGACCUCCUGUGAGCAGGAAAAAAAGACGGCCUAGCUACUGGGACGCAGAUUUAGAAGAGGUGAUGAGGAGUCCCGCAGCGAGGCAUGUGGUUUCGUCGCCGAUCAAAAAGGACGACGUGAGAUCCGAACGGGCUGAGGUUGAGUCUCAGGACGAUGGCGCCAACAAGGAGAACCAGAUGCUGCUGACCCAGGACGAUCUUGAAGACGUCUCGAGAGUGGCAGAGGGACCAACCAAUUUGGAAGAGGAUGUCUCGAUGGAAAACGAGGACUUAAGUGACGCUAUCCCUUAUUACUGA